UCUCGCUCGCUCGAGUAAAUUAACUUUCGGAAAAUUUCUUAUUCAAUUGAGAACGUUUCUUCCAAUUAAUCUCAGCGAUGAGUUUUAUUCCUCGGAAAAUUCCUUCAUUUUAUCAUAAAUGGAUAUGAGUUUCAUCAAAGGCAUAAUCGACUCUCUAAGCUCAAUCAUCUCAACCGAUACCUCACCACUUGAAUCAAAACAAAAUCCUAGUUCAUCCACGUGUCAAAACAUGGAGGCUGGAAACGAACGCACCGCAUAUAAACUCAAAGGAUACUUCGAUUUGGCCAAAACAGAGAUCGACAAAGCUGUUCGAGCGGAAGAAUGGAGUUUAGUAGACGAUGCCGUGGUUCACUACCAAAACGCUCAGCGAAUUCUGGUCGAGGCUAGCUCAACUCCCACACCUUCAUAUAUCAGCUCUAGCGAACUAGAAAAGGUGAAAUCAUAUAGGCAAAAGAUAUCGAAAUGGAAGGGCCAAGUAUCUGAGAGAUUACAGGUUUUAAGUCGCCGAUCAGGAGGCACAUUCGUGAACAAGAACACCUUAACCCAUGCACAAACUGCUGCAGUUCCACCAAGAACAUCAAAUUCUAAGUCUCCUCGUAACCCAGUGGUGAGAAAUCAUAUUGAUAGAGUUGAAAGUUCAAAAUCUGCACAAGAACCCACUAAUAGUUACGAGUCAAAGUUGGUUGAAAUGAUUAAUACAGCGAUAGUUGAUAGGAGCCCUGCUGUUAAAUGGGACGAUGUUGCUGGCCUUGAAAAGGCUAAGCAAGCAUUAAUGGAAAUGGUUAUUCUACCAACUAGAAGGCGAGACUUGUUUACUGGACUUAGAAGGCCAGCUAGAGGUCUGCUUCUUUUUGGUCCUCCUGGUAAUGGGAAGACUAUGCUUGCCAAAGCUGUUGCAUCUGAAUCACAGGCAACAUUCUUCAAUGUUUCUGCAUCCUCUCUAACGUCUAAAUGGGUAGGAGAAGGUGAAAAGCUUGUUCGGACACUCUUCAUGGUUGCAAUAUCCAAACAGCCAUCUGUUAUUUUCAUGGAUGAAAUUGAUAGUGUCAUGUCAACCAGGUUGGCUAAUGAAAAUGAUGCUAGCAGACGGUUGAAGUCAGAGUUUUUAAUCCAGUUCGAUGGAGUGACAUCCAAUCCUAAUGAUUUAGUAAUUGUCAUUGGUGCCACUAAUAAGCCACAGGAAUUGGAUGAUGCUGUUCUUAGAAGAUUGGUUAAGAGGAUAUAUGUACCCCUUCCGGAUGACAAUGUUAGAAAACUUCUUCUUAAACACAAACUCAAGGGUCAACAAUUUUCCCUACCUGGUCGGGACCUAGAACGACUUGUGAGGGAGACAGAAGGAUAUUCUGGAAGUGAUCUGCAAGCAUUAUGUGAAGAAGCAGCUAUGAUGCCGAUUAGAGAGCUUGGUUCAAAUAUUCUUACUGUCAAGGAAAAUCAGGUGAGACCUCUAAGAUAUGAGGACUUUCAGAAGGCAAUGUCUGUUAUUAGGCCCAGUUUAAACAAAAGCAAGUGGGAAGAACUCGAACAGUGGAAUCAGGAGUUUGGCUCUAAUUGAAAUUUUUUUAGCAGUAUGACUCAUAUUUAGCAUUAUUACCUUUGUUGAAACAACAGCUUAAACAAAGGAUGAGAAGCAACUCGUAGCACCGCCAGCGCCAAACCAGUAGUUGUUAAGAAGCCAAAGCCCUAACAAUGGUCAAGAUGUAUUUUAUUUUGGGGUGAUGAUUCUUUGACGGUGCGUCAUAUGAAGUAUUGUUUUUUGAUGUAUUUUACAGGGAAAAAAAGUACGAUUACAAUGGGUAAUUA